AUGGAUCAAGUCAAGACCGCCAUCAACAGCACCAUCAAUGAGAUCAAUGAUAUCAAUCACAUCAUCAACAUGGUUCACCCACCAGCUGACAAUGCCACUGUGGUCGACGAAGAGAAUGAUAUAACACAAGUGAUUGAAUCAAUAGCAUCAUGCACAUCAAUCAAUCAAUUCAUCAACAAUCAGUUCACAAAUGUUGAUGCUGACAGCGAUAACGACAAAAACAAUCGAUUGAGUGAUGAUGAGCUGAUGGCCAUGAUCAUUCGUCACACUCAGAUUGUGAAUGGUCAAGAAUCACUCGACUCAUUAUCUCUACGAUACCCAUCAUAUCGCAUUGAUGUUGACAAGUUGGAUGACGUCAAGAAGCAGAUUGAAUCAUGCUUUUAUCUUGUCCAAAGUGCCUCACCGUCACUCCCUUCUUCAGCAGCAUUGACUCCAUCCAAGUUUGAUGGCCAGAUCAUAUCAAUGCGUGAGAGGGAAUGCUCCAUGCUCUCUUUGUCCAAAUCAAGGUGGACGUCAAACAACAAAACAACCAAGAAUCCACUGGGCCAUAUAUGCACAUCCGUUGUGUACGCACGUGGCAAUGUCUAUGUGUUUGGAGGCAACGCAACACCGACAUACAAUCGAUUCUCUUUGUCCGAGGAGCGAUGGUACGAUGCACCCAUCGUUGGCGUGGACGGAGGAUAUCUAGUAUCGGCAUUCUACGAUGGCGAUAAUCACAUCUACCUUGUUGGAGGAUUCAAUGAAUCUGGAGCUGAUCAAGAUUAUCGAUUCUUGAGUCGGGUUGAUCGCUUCGAUCUUGGCACUCAACGAUUCACUCAUGUUGGAGACCUUGAGUUUGGACUGUGGCGUCCGUACACCUAUCUCCACAACAAGGACACGAUCAUUGUGGUUGGUGGGUGGAGGUCUGGCAUGGCACAUCGGGAUGUUCUCUCGUUCAAUCUCCAGACGAAGCUCACCGAUGUACUAUACAAGGGUGUCAUUGAUGAGCACGCCUCAUGUUGCUUCGAUCCGGAUGGCAACUGUUUCUAUAUCCUGGCCAUCGAUUCAUUCAAACGAUACGAUCUCUCCACUCAAGUUAACAGACAAUCAACCGUACUGGCCAAAUGUCCAACCUUUGCAAUUAGAUGUCCUCUUGUUCAUGAUGGAUCGUUUGGAAUUAUUUAUCUCUAUGGCGCUGGCAACAACUAUCGAUACUCAACACAAGAUAACAAAUGGACAUUGAUCAAAGAUAAUGACAAUGUUGUAAGUCGAUCAAAUUAUGGAGCAUGUUUGAUUAAACAAUGA